UAGAACCAAGUCAUUCCCCUCUGUCAAAUCCUUCACCAGCCACCAUGGCUGUCCUCGCAACCACAUGGACGGCGGCGAUCUUCCUCAUCUUCACAACGCUGCGUUUAAUCGAAUGCGGCGACAACAACCGCGUCUACUCGCCGUGCUCCGACACCAAGGUCGCCAGGUCCGACGGCUUCAGCUUCGGGAUCGCCUUCGCGUCCAAGGACGUCUUUCUCCGUAACGGCGCUAACUCCACCUCGCAGUUGUCUCCCUGCGACACCAGGCUCUCUCUCUCCAGCGCCAACUCUCAGAUCGCCGUUUUCCGGCCUAAGGUCGACGAGAUCUCCCUCCUCUCCGUCAACUCCUCCUCUUUCGCUCCGGAUAAUUAUGGUGGAUAUAUGGUUGCUUUUGCUGGGCAUAAGUAUGCUGCAAGGUCUACUGCGGCUUUUGUUGCCAAUUCGACCUACACUGUCACCAGCUUUACUCUGGUGCUUGAGUUCACCAAGGGCAGGCUGCAGAACCUGUACUGGAAAAGAGAUGGGUGCGCCAAAUGUUCAGGGAACUCCAGCUUUGUUUGCCUCAACAACCAGGACUGUGCAAUCAAGACUAACAGCUGCAAGUCCCACGGAGGCACUGUUGAUUGCAGCCUCGGGAUCCAAUUGGCGUUUUCAGGGACGGAUAAGCACCUUUCAGUUCUGAACUCAUGGUAUGAAGUACAGAACCUUGGUCAGUAUUCCCUUUAUGGUCUCUAUUCAAAUUUGAAGGAUUCUCUCACUAGCCAGUAUAACAAGUUUUUCUGAUGUAAAACUGUUACUGUCAUAUUCGUGUAAUUUUUUCACUACCCACUCACUAGGUUUGAUUGUUCACUUUCGGUGUGUUUUGUUUGUAUGCCGUUGUAAAGUAAAUUAACUUUGAGGAUCAUUGUGAUUAGAGGAAAGAGAGAUGAUUUCGGUUAAGUUUGUUUGUGAAACUC